CAACAAAAAAGAUCGAAAGAUAUGUAUCACAUGACACGUUGCAAUUAGAAGUUAGUAAUGGUUGUUACGAUUGAUGAAAAGAUCAUAACAGAGUAACAGAAUUGUGAUCUGAAGAAGAAGAAGAAGCAACAACUAUGGAGUCGUUUGAGGUGGAGGAGCAGUCAUAUCAUCAUCAUCAUUCUUCGAGCGCCGGACCUUUCGACGAUGACAAUAACAGCAACUACGGUGAAUAUGAAUCUCAUCACCAGUACGAUUAUGGAUCUGCAUUUCCGAAUAAUAAUCAUAAUUCCGACGAGGAUCAUCAUCACCUUAGUGUUGAUACCAAUAAUCAACAUUCUCCUCCUGUUUAUGGAUUUGGAGUUUCAACUCCUAAUGCUGAUUUUGUUACACCGUUCCAAACCACCGAAGCUGAUGAGGGAGUGUUCUCUUCUGAACCUGUUCUUCCUGAUCCUAUUCAAAUGCAAGAGGAAGGCUCUGCUAGACACGAAUGGCGAAGGAAAAAUGCCAUUCAUCUUGAGGAAAAGGAGAAAAAAGAAAAGGAAAUGAGAAAUCAGAUUAUAAAGGAAGCUGAAGACUUUAAGGAAGCUUUCUAUGCAAAAAGAAAACUCAAUUGUGAGACAAACAAACAGAACAACAGAGAAAAAGAAAAGUUAUACUUGGCCAACCAAGAGAAAUUUCACAAGGAAGCUGAUAAACAUUACUGGAAAGCAAUAGCUGAGAUCAUUCCUCGCGAGGUUCCUAAUAUCGAGAAGAGGAGAGGGAAAAAAGAAGCUGAUAAUAAACCUUCGGUUCAUGUUAUACAAGGUCCAAAGCCAGGGAAACCUACCGAUCUUUCUAGAAUGCGCCAAAUGAUUUUGAAGCUUAAACAGAACCCUCCAUCUCAUAUGAUGCCUCCCCCACCAAAAGAAGAAAAAGAUGCAAAAGAAAACAAAGAUGGCAAAGACACUAAAGAUGCAAAAAAGGAAGGGGAAAAUGACAAGGCAGAGAAACCAACUGCCGCUGCCACCGCAGAUUCUGCAGAAAAUAAGCCUACUACACCUACAAAAGAUGCUGCUGCUGCUACUAAUGGUGAAUCACAACAUCCUCCUGCAGCUGAGGGUGAGCAAGUGGCUAGUUCUGAGCCACCAGCUGCUUAGUGAUGAAGACCAUGCUUUAUUCUAUUUUCUUAGCAAUUCUUUUUUUCAUAUAUGCCUAUUCUUUUGACCUUUCUAUUCUUACAUUCAUUGAGAAUAAGUGAUGGCCAUAGGAAGAUACUUUGGACUUUGCAGCAUGGCCUGUUGAGAGCAUCAGUCUAAACUAUUGUCUUAGAUUUGUAGAGUUUAGAUGCAAAUCUUUUUGUUGUGAUUUUACUUUGGAAUUCUUUAUCAAAGUACAAUUUUUCUCCACUCUCUUAUCUUUUGCAUGUUUAUUUAAUUUAACUCUCAGCAACAGCCAACAAGCACCUAACAUUGCUGUUGUUAAUUCUGAUGUCUUGCUUGGCUCAGAUAAAC